CUUCUCUCGCACAAGUUUAAGUCCAGCGAGCCCCGGGAAAAGCUGCACCGUGCUUGCAUUGCAACAUUCUAAAGCGGGAGGAUAACCGUAUGCAUGUAAUGAUGUCGAAAAAUGACAGUUUAGAAUCUGUUGGUAAUCGUGACAGCGAAGAUGAGGUGCAGUUUGUUUCUGACAGUGUUUCUCGACCGGUGUUGGAAUGCAUUGAUUUGCUUAGUGAUGAAGAUGAGGCGGGUACAUCUCUUCAGACAAGCAGUAAAGUGAGACCAAAAGACCACAUUGACAGGCAGAAGGAAAGAGUUACUUCUACACUGGAUCGACUGGCCCGCCAUGUUGCUGUUGAGAAACAGGAGAGAGAAGAGAAAAACAAAGCCUUUAAGGAGAAGAUGGACUCUCAGCAUGCUCAUGGUUUGCAGGAACUUGAAUUUAUCCAAGGACAUUCUCAUAAAGAGGAGGCCAAAAGAUGUGUUGAUCAUUGGUUGAAAAUGCCAGGUCUUCGACCAGGCUCUAUAAACUCUGGAUCCAGAGGUUCUUUGAGAUGUGAAACCUUGCCAAAUAUGAAGCCAGUUAUGUGCCCUAUAAUGAACUGCAAUCGAAUGUUUGAUAAUGGGCCUCUUCUAGUUGGCCAUCUGAAAAGAUUUGACCAUUCUCCCUGUGAUCCCACUAUUGCACUCAAGGGAGCUCCAUCAAUUUCCUUUGCAUGUGUUGCUUGCUGCAGGCGAUACCCAUCUGAGGAUCAAUAUAAUGUCCAUAGGAAUACUAAGAUUAAAUCUGGGGAUGCAGAUGGGCAUUCCAGCACUCAGCAUUGUCAGGAAGUGCAGUGUUUUGCUUGUCCCUUUUGCUACCUCCUUUUCAAUAUAAGGGAUGAGUGUUUGCAGCACAUGUCUGCAAAAAAUCACUUUCAGCAGUCUAUUAAACUGAGCGAAACAGAAAAUACUCCAGCUCCUGUUCCUAUUCCAGCAUAUGCCAAGAAGCUUCUGAUCUCCUUAUGCAAAGAUGUUCCCUUCCAGAUUAAGUGUACAUCUUGUAAGCAGGUGUUGAACUCGCACAUGGAGGUGACGGCACAUUUUAGAACUAGAUGCCGAAAUGCUGGCCCAAUAGCUGUCUCUCGCAAAAGUGUUGUCCAGGUUGCUAAGGUAUUCAGAGUAAAGGGGCAUUGCUUAGGCUGCUCCAGACUCUUCAUGGGUGAAACUGAGAUGAAAAGCCAUGAACAUCUAACUCAGCAUAAAGUUGAGGUUGUAUCUUCCAUGGAGAAGGCUGUCUUACUAUUCUGUGAUUUCUACGAAAGAAGCAAAAAUCCCUCUGACCUUCGCUUGGUGUUGAAUAUCUCCAGACCAAAAUCGUCUCUGCUUAAGAGACACCUGAAGCAAGAACCUGAGAGUAAUGGUUCAGGGGCCUCUGGUGCAAAAUGCAUUAGAUCCAGUGAAGGCAAUAGCCAAGAAACAAUCUCCCCUGGGUCCAGAUCUGUGGUGUCAGCCUGGUUCUGUGAAUGCAACCAGCAAUACAGUACAGAGGUGGCGGUUGAGAAGCACAUUAUUGCAAUUAACAAGAUAUUCUACAAAUGCGCAGUUUGUGGAAAGCAAGCUGGGGAUCCGGCUGUCAUUGGUUUACACAUGAGCCGAUUUCAUGGUGGGGCACACCUGAACAACUUCCUGUUUUGGUGCCGAAGCUGCAAGACUGAAAUGCCUAGAAAAGAGGAUAUCAUGUCCCAUGUGAUGGAGUUCCACAGUGGACAUGGUUUUUAUUACGAGAAAGAGGUUCUCGACGAAGUGUCUUCUCCCUCCACAUCUAAAUCAUCAACUACCUUUUCAGAACAAAGCGGUAGCACAGGACAAAUUCCAACACCAAGUCCGGCCAUCUCAGACCCUGCACCCAGCGGCAAAUGGCUGUGCAGGAUCUGUGAGGAGCUCUUUGUUUCCAAACAAGCUGUAUACAAUCACUGCAAAGAGAUGAACAGCCAUAGGUUCCAAAAGUAUGUCUGUGGCCACUGUAAACGUCGUUUCCUGAAAGUGGAAACCCUCUAUCGUCACUUUCAGGAUGAACACGAGGGUGAGAUUGACGUGAAGUACUUCUGUGGGCUUUGUGAUGGCCUGCAAUAUGACAAUGAAGAAGAAUUCCUAAACCACUACCAGUCAUACCACAGCAAGGAUUAUGUAUUUGUGGCAGAACGAAAUGAAUCUCCCCUCCAAAACCAAGCAGCUACAGACCUUGAAAACAAAAUGUCCUGUGGAUGCAAGGUGUCCUAUUCUAACAAGUCAGAAAAACAUAUCGCUCACCAAAAAUGCUUGGAAAACCUGAUUCAACAGAGCAAGCUGUGGUUCCGAUGUAGCUUUUGUAUAGCAACAACCCAAAAUCUGGAAGCCAUGCAAAAACAUACUGCAGAGAUUCAUGGGAUCACAAAAAAACAAAGUUGUUUUUCCGUUUGCUGUGGUUCAUGCAGUAAGAAGUCGGCUGAUCUUAUUGGUGGCCACAAACACUAUCAUUCAAAGCACUGCUUUCCCCAGGCUGGAUGUACUGUGAGCCCUGAAAACAGAACCACCUCUUCUGGUGUUCCUGCCAGACCUAUGCCUGAAGAACAACGGCCAAGUUCCACACCAGUCAAGUCAUCCAAAUCUGGUAUCCUGCCAGGAUUGAAAGAAAAUGAGAAGAGUGAGAAACCUGCCCAGGAAGAGUCCAGGCAUGAGCUUCCAGACAUGGACUAUCUCAUGACCACGACCCACAUUGUGUUUGUUGAUCUAGACAGCUGGCCAAGUUUUUUCAGUCGUCUGCCAGGAUACUUAAACCAGGGCAUAUUUGUUUGGGGAUUUAAAGUUCCAACUUUUACAGGUGGGAAGAACAUUUGGAGGACACCAGACAAAUGCAAAGUCUACAAUUAUCUUGUGAACACUGGAUGUUUCUUCCUUCAUCCACGAAGCGGUGAUAGAAAAGAUGCAGAUGAUUUUACCAUCAGCAAGCAUGCUGGCCGACUUGAUGAACAGCUGCCCAAGCAUAUUCAAUUUACCAUUCUUUCUGGAGAGAAGGGUUUUCAUGAGUUGGAGCUGCAGUUUCUUGAAACCAUGCGGACCACACUUAUCCUUAACCCUCACCAGCUGGAAGGGGAGAUGAUGUGUGCACUGCUAAACAGCAUUACGGACACUGGCAAAGAUAGUGAUGACGACAUGAAGACUGCAGUGAAAUUGAGUUUAAUGGAGAACAAUAUAUGAUAGGGUGUGUGAUCUGCAUUCAUUUCCCUCCCUACUUUUGCUAUAUAGCUGAAGUGUUUGAAAUUGUAGUUUUUAUAUUUAAAUCCUGGGGAUACUUUUUUUGUUCAGACACACAUUUUGGGUCAAAGCCUUAAAAUGCAUGUUUUUGUUAAGGUGCAGGACAAACAUUUUAGCAUCUUUCCAAUUAUGAUGCAAUGCAUUUGUGUGUUUUUCUGUUUGCAUCAUGCAUGUGAAUAACUAUAGAGAUAUAUAUGAUGUGAAGUGCAUAUUGCUCAUAUUUGAUGUAUUUCCACUCAGAUGCAGAAAUAAAGUCAUCGUGGAAGAAGCUUGCAGGAAAUGUGAAUAAUCCUUGUAAUAUGAGUAUAUGUAUAAGGUGUCCAUAUUUAUGUACUGCAGAACCCUUUAAAUUACAUUAGUUUAGUUUAAAUGCCUUAUUUUUUCUGUACAUGUUCAUAAAGAAUGCAUUUUACAUGUUUGACAAUAUAUAUGUGGCUAUAGAGCAAGUUGUGUAUUAUUACAACUGUAUGUUGGAAUGCCUCAUCAGGUAAAAGAGUGUGUGAAAUAAAGUGUUACUUUUUUUUAUAUAUAUAUAUAUUUGUAUUGAUAAAUUACAUGCAAGAACCAUUCGACUACUAUAAAACCAUAAUAUGGUGACUAUUUUCUUGUAAGGGUUCCCCCUCCAUUCCAUCCUGACAAUAAUAUCUGCUAAAUCCCUAUUUAAUUCCCAAGCCAUGCACUUGCUCUGUCUUGUGUUUUUUUGUUUAUGUACACAGCUGACAAAACGCUGCUGACCAUUCUACGGAUUCUAAGUGUUGAAUUCAGUAUCGCUACACAGCCCUGCAGACUCCAACUUAAUCAUUUAAAUCUGAUUAUCAGUUUAGAUUUCAAAUGGCUACCCACCUGCAUUCCAGACUAUAUGGCCGUUGCUAUCGGUUCAUUCACCCGCUGGCCACGCAAUGAGCACUGACACAAAGCAAAAUGGACGGAGAUUUGUGACAUGCCAAAAUUUAAUCUGAUCAGAAUGAUAGCUCGGCCAAUAAACAUGCAGUGAUUAUACUGAUUUUAAUGGUGGCCAAUAGUAGCUAACAGAAACAGGCACUAUGAGGAAAUAGAAUGCAAGCAGCACAAACUGUUUGAGAAACGAGCAUUUGAGAAACGUUGUGCGAGUGGAUGGAAUGCAUCCGCAUUGGAUGAAAAACAGAUUAAAUAAUUCAGCACGCAGAAUCCGCAAGGAAUGAUGAUGAUUGGAAUUGCAGAAAUUUGGCCAGAGGUCUUGUCCGUGGGUGCCCAAUGGCUACCUGCGGGAGGCUGGCUGGAAAAACAUGAACAGUUACAUGCACCCCAGUGCUGCAGAUAGGAAGUGGCUAUGGGCCACCUCCCCCCAAAAAGAUUAACGUGCUCCACAGAGCGCCCUGCCACCUAUCCUCCAAACAUUGAAUUUAAUGAAAAUCAGCUGAGAAACAGCCCGUCCACCAGACAUGAUUGCACGGGGGGAGAGCCCAGCCUCACCAACCCGACCACUUACCCUGCAGAACUAAAUAUGAACUGGUCAGCACUCAGGUGAAGAAAAACCUCAUACUUACAUAUUUUUAAAUUUUUUAGGGGGAAACCUCAAGAAAUCUGUGGAAGCCCUUCCUCCAGGCUCUAAGUGUUCAACUCCCAUUUCGGCUUCCCAGCGCUUGACUGAGUAGCCGAAACAAAAAGAAGCAACAUGAAAGAAUAACAGCUUUUAUGCGAUUGCUGAUGACAUAUUGGUUAUGGACGAAUUCUCCUUUCUAGAAAAGCAACCAAGUUUACAAAUCCUGAAACGGAGUACAGGUAGAAUUUCACCCCUGGGCUUCCUAUCCCAAACCAAUUGGAGUGGACCAACAAAGUGCAAGAUAAAAAUCAUCUCUUACUUUAGAUAAGGCAGGUAGAAUUUUACUACCAACUCAAACUUUCUUACAAAAUAAACACCUUUUAUAAAAUAUAAUUAUUUUGCCCCAGAUUUUCUCCCUAAUUUCUGCCUUCAAUGCAGCAAUUCCCCACACAGCUCAGGAGAACCAGAAGUUCAGUAGUCUCUCUUUUACACCCAGGAACUCAAGAACGUGUUAGCGAGCUACCGGCCUCUGGAAGACAAAGACCAAUCCUGCAGGUGUCUGUCUGAGCCCACUGGGCAACUGGCUGUUAGUUUCUGAUGUAGAGCGAUGUGUAGAAACAAUCUCUGGCUGUUUUCCCUCCCUAAUCCACAGGAACGCCACUUUGACUGCUGUAAUUUGUUAAUGAAUAGAUCCCGCGAUUUCCACGGGAGUGCAAGAGUCCAAAUUUGUCACUCCCGUCAGAAUAGCGUGCAGGAUGUUAUAUGUGCAUCUGCAAAGUUUAACACGUUUUAGACGUGCUUCACUAAAUAAAUUUAAAGAAUAUAGGCUACUAGUCUGCAGUUUUGUUUUUCGCUGGCACAUGGCAGCAGUCUCCAAGAAAUGUGCUUGACAGUCCGGCCCCUCCCACCAAGCAAAGCUAAUCGUCUGCAUUUGCAAGU